UCCACGGAACAGGCUGCAGGCAGGAGGAACAAAGAAAGCCGCCCUGUGCCAGUAAAACGUCCUUUCACUUCGGCAACACACACCGCAGAAGCAUUUCAUCUCCUUUUACUUUAAACAUUCCCCACGAACUAGUAAAUGUCACGCUUCACCUUAAGUCCGACCGCCUGCUUUUGUUGAAGAGGGAACAAACUUGGCGUCGUCGGAGGUUUGUUUGGUCGCUGUUUUUUUUCUUGGAUACGCUGCUGUUGGAGGAAAACGUGCGACGAAAACAACCUGAGCUUUGAUGUUGUGGCCUGUACCCUGUUGACUUGGCAGAAAUGCAAUUUUCUCAAGACGGCUGCACUCGGAUGGAUUAGGAGGAGUGUAAUUCCCUGUGGCAGAAGAAAGUGUCUGUGUUCAGCAUCUUUCUAACCAGGAACCACUGUGUUGCCAUAGCGCCCAUGAGGUAACGUCAAGACUUAGGAUCCCCUCAUUUCCACCCUUGGUCCAUCAUUUCCCUCCCCUCUAUCCCUUCUUCCCUUGGACCCACCCAACCAUGGGCCAGAAGAUCUCAGGCAGUAUCAAAUCAGUGGACGUACGUGGGGAGCCUUCAUAUCGGCCUGUGCGCCGCGAGCUGCGCGGCCCAGACUUCUGUCGGCCCCCCCGAUUGGACUUACUUCUGGACAUGCCACCAGCCAGUCCUGAGACUCAGCUCCGCCACGCCUGGAACCCUGAUGACCGGUCCCUCAAUGUCUUUGUUAAAGAAGAUGAUAAACUGACGUUUCACAGACACCCGGUUGCACAGAGCACAGACUGUAUCCGUGGAAAGGUGGGCUACACCAGGGGCCUCCACGUUUGGAGGAUUCACUGGCCAGCUAGACAAAGAGGCACCCAUGCUGUUGUGGGUGUCGCCACUGCCGAAGCACCUUUACAUUCAGUUGGUUACACAGCCCUGGUGGGCUCAGACUCAGAAUCCUGGGGCUGGGAUCUGGGUCGGAACAGACUUUACCAUGACGGAAAAAACCGUCCUGUUUCUACAUCGGCACCGACAUAUCCGUGUUUCCUCGAGCCAGAUGAGUCAUUUGUGCUUCCAGACUCUCUGACAGUAAUACUAGACAUGGACGAGGGCACGCUGAGCUUCAUGGUAGAUGGACAGUAUCUCGGUGUUGCUUUCAGAGGGUUAAAGGGCAGAAGACUGUAUCCUAUCGUCAGUGCUGUUUGGGGCCACUGUGAAGUUUCAAUUCGAUACGUCAACGGACUGGAUCCUGAGCCCCUCCCACUCAUGGACCUGUGCAGACGAGUAGCUCGUCUGGCUCUUGGCAGAGAGCGCAUCCAUCACAUUGACACACUGCCACUGCCGCAGACUCUCAAGAACUACCUCCAGUACCAGUGACCACACACUCUCACACACACAAAUGGGAAGACACUGAGGUCCAUUUGUUAUUAUGGUAACCAGCCUCCAAACAGACCUUAAUGACAACCAUGAGACAUCUGCUGAGGAUGCAAAUGCCAUUGAUGGCAGUUGGUUGGUUUUAAAUGGUGGUGCAGAGGGUAUUGUUUACAUCCGCUGGGGAUUUUCCAUUUUGGUUUUCAGCUUUUAUUUGAAUUUUUUUUUUUUUUAAUUGUUGACUGCUGUCUUUUUCCUGGACCGAUGGCAAGCGGAGCAAAUGAAUGACAGAGAUGAGUGAGAGAUUAAAGAGAUCACUGCAGUCCAGUUAUCUGUAGUGUAAUGUCAAUGUACCUGUCCUCUGUAUAAAGCCUUAAAUGCUAUGGUUUUUGGCGUUGGUGUAAUACAGUUUCUAUUCUGUUGGUGUUUAUAUUAUAUUCCCAACAACGUAGCAGGUUCUGUGGAGUCGCAGCAAUCACUGUAAGCCACAGGAGACUGCGAGAGAAAUGCUGGAGUCCACACACAAACCCUCUAUGCACACACUCUGUACUGAAGCGGCCUGUUUUUGUUUGUGUGCACACUGUCGAGGACACAUGGAUUACAUAUUUUCAGUGGUGUCACGGUGUACAGAAACAAAGCUCCAAUGUCUGUAAUAAGAAGACAACUCACUGUCAUGCAGGCAGUUCCCACCUACAGGCUAAACAACAACAACCCCAGUCUGUUGCCUUCUGAAUCCCCCUCCUCUCCUUGUAACAGCUCGUCUCUCUCUACUUCUGUCGUCACUGGCUCCUGUUUGAUUUAACUCUCCAUCAGGGUUGCUGAACUCAGGGGGGCUGCCACUGCCGUCAGCUCUCCAGCUCCCGUAACGCUGAUAGAGAUCGAUCUGAAGGUGAAGCUGUGUCUUGGACUGCUAAUGUGCCUGCUCUGAGACAGAACUCACAAAUAAAGCAGAUGCCACUUCUGUCCAAUCAGAAGACAGUUCAUAACCCCCACCACCAAAAGAUUUAAAUGCUGCUUUUUUUUUUUAUCUUUCACCAUCUUGGCCUCGUGCGUUAUUUCAUCCCUGAUUUUGUUUUAAAGAUGGUCUUAUCAUGAGAAUUUUUUAAUGUUCUUUGGGUUUUUUUUGGUUUUUUUUCUAUGGAUUUUGAGAUUUGUCUGUGGGACGUGAUGUCUCACAGGUGGAAGAAUGUGCUGCCAUGAGAAUCUUUUAAAUGUGAAGAAUAAACUCUGCUAAACUUGCA